CGAUCGUCUUCGACUUCAAUCCACCUCGUGCCUCUCUUGGUCGUUGCCUUGUCAUUGCCGCUGGCUGGCUGCCUUUCCACGGACCUCUCUCCUCUCCGCUUCGCAAUAUCCAGUUGACGUCUCGCCGUCCAUUUCUCCUUCCGCCUCAGUGCCUUCAGGGUCUAUCCCAUUUUUCGCCUCCCUCCUAUCCUCCAUCCCUCCGGAUUGAAAUUGAAGGAUCGCCCACCAUGUCUGCUCUCCGCUCGACUUCGCGCCUUUUCGCGGCUUCCAAGCCCCUCUUCCGCCCAGCUGUCUUCGCCCGCUCUUAUGCGACCGUUGAUCCCGUGGCCCAGGAACCCACCCCCUCCGAGCAGCCUCGCAUCAAGAAGUUCCAGGUCUACCGCUGGAACCCCGACACUCCCUCCGAGAAGCCCCAGAUGCAGACCUAUGAGUUGGAUUUGAACAAGACCGGUCCCAUGAUGCUCGAUGCGCUCAUCCGUAUCAAGAACGAGAUCGACCCCACCCUGACUUUCCGGAGAAGUUGCAGAGAGGGUAUCUGCGGUAGCUGUGCGAUGAACAUCGAUGGUGUCAACACUCUUGCUUGCUUGUGCCGCAUUCCCACCGAUACUGCCAAGGAUUCUCGCAUCUACCCGUUGCCUCACACCUACGUCGUCAAGGACUUGGUUCCCGAUUUGACCUACUUCUACAAGCAAUACAAGUCCAUCAAGCCCUACCUUCAGCGUGAUACUCCCACCGAGGAUGGUCUCGAGUACCGCCAAAGCCCGGAGGAGCGUAAGAAGCUCGACGGUCUUUACGAAUGUAUCCUGUGCGCCUGCUGCUCGACCUCUUGCCCCUCUUACUGGUGGAACAGCGAGGAGUACCUCGGUCCCGCCAUCCUGAUGCAGUCCUACCGUUGGAUGGCCGAUUCCCGUGACGAGAAGACCGCUGAGCGUAAGGCCGCCUUGGACAACAGCAUGAGCGUCUACCGUUGCCACACUAUCCUCAACUGCUCUCGGACUUGUCCCAAGGGUCUGAACCCUGCUCGGGCAAUUGCCGAGAUCAAGAAGAUGAUGGCUGCUCACUAGGAAAACGACCAAGAACAAAAGAAAAGAACUGCUUGAUUUCUUCUUUCCCUUUCUGUCCUAAGUCGUGUGUUAUUUCAAAUCCUUCCUCUCUUCAUCCUUCUUCUCUUUCUUCCAGUUCCUUUUCGCUCGCGCUCUAUUCCCUCCGUUUUCGAGGUCUCAUGUCGGAUGUUUCAAUAGGUGUAAAUUGUGAAUGUUGAUUUUCUUAGCCGCGGUGGUCAGUUCUACCAAUGGAAUUUCAUAUAUAUAUUCUGCAUUAUGCAUUGACGGAUCUUUGAAAUCUUUUCGAAAUUUGAGAGGAUUAUGGCAGCAUAAUAAAGG